UCAACUAUAGUUCUAAAUGCUAUAUAUACGUAUGCUUGGACUAAUAACAAUCUACAAGCAAAUAACUAUUUAAUACAUAUUUUUCAGUUCCUAAUCUAAACCUUUGCACAUCAUGAAGCUGUUAGCAAUAACAUUCUGUUUUUUCUUGUUUUUCAUUUUGACAAACACCAAGUUUAGUGUUUGUAUAGGCAGUUGCAGAGAAAAUGAGCAACAAGCAUUGGAGAGUCUGAAGAAGGAAGUAUAUGAUCCCAGAGAUCAUCUCUCCUCUUGGAUUGUUGGAAAAGAUUGUUGUGAAUGGAGAGGGGUUGUGUGCCACAGUAUGACCCGUCAUGUGAUUGAGCUUCACAUAGGCAUUGUGGAUCAGAUUGGGAACAAGCCUAUAAGAUAUGAUCUAAGGAUCAAUAACUUUGAUUGGCUGCCAAGUCUUUCAAAUCUUGAGAACUUGGAGAUGGAGGAUGUGGAUCUCAGCAAUGUAACUAACUGGCUGCAGGUGGGUUUUCAAUCUCCCUAGUCUUGUUUCUCUUGAUUUGAGUGAUAGUAAUUUAAUUGGUGCGAUGCCGCGUGAGGCCGGAAAUGUGACAAAACUUAGAAAUCUGGAUCUUGCAUACAACAAGCUCAACUCCACUAUCCCGAAUUGGAUCUAUCGAUGCAAAGAUUUGGAGUCACUUGAUCUUAGUGAAAACAAAAUUGAGGGAGUAGUUUCAAAUGCAAUUUCAAAUUUGAGCUCAAUAACUGAUUUUAACCUUUCUAGAAAUAUGUUUUCUGGAAACUUACCAAAUGUAAUUGGAAAGUUAUCGAAAUUACGUUGGCUUGAUCUCUCAGAAAAUCUAUUUGAGGGUGAAGUAUUUGAAUUGUUCAACAGUAGGAGUAAUUUUCUUCCAGCGGGAUUGAGAUAUAGUUCUUCUUUGACGGAAUUGAUACUAAGAAACAACAAACUAACUGGAACACUCCCAGAAAGUGUUGGCCAACUCCUAAUGCUAGAAAGAAUUGACAUCUGUAACAAUAGGUUGGAAGGUGUUGUAACAGAAAGUCAUUUCACCAAGUUGACACAAUUAAGAUAUUUCCAAGCAUCUCAUACUAAUCUAACUUUAAAAGUGAGUCAGAAGUGGAUUCCACCUUUUCAAGCCAUACAUAUUGAAAUAGGCGACUGGAAUAUAGGUCCUCUAUUUCCCAUGUGGCUCCAAACUCAAAAGAAUAUAAAGAGUGUGGACAUAUCAAAUGGUGGAAUACAAGGUGAGGUUCCAACUUGGUUUUGGAACUCCCAAUUUGAGUUUCUCAAUCUUUCUCAUAACCAAUUUAUUGGUGAGGUUCCAACUUGGUUUUGGAACUUUUCUUCCCAGCUUGGGUAUCUCGAUCUUUCUCACAACCAAUUUGUUGGUGAGGUUCCAAUAAUUUCAUCACUUUCUUGGUUUUGGUCCUUGGGUUCCAACAAUUUCAGUGGUCCGCUACCUGAGGUUUCACCCAAUGUAUUUAUUCUAGACCUCUCGAACAAUUCAUUUUCAGGAGGUUUAUCUCACUCCUUGUGUGAAACAAAUAAGAACAGAUCCUACGGAUUGAUGUUCUUAUAUCUCGAGGAAAAUGAUUUGUCAGGAGAAAUUCCUGAUUGUUGGAUGAAUUGGCCAAAGUUGAUAGUUUUAAACUUGAGGGACAAUAAAUUGAUUGGAGGCAUACCAAAAUCCAUGGAGGUUUUAAGUAAUUUGGUUUCUUUGGACUUCCGAAGAAAUAGACUUACGGGUCCAUUACCUUCAUCAUUGGCAAACUGUACAGGGUUGCUGAAAAUUGAUUUAGCUGAGAACGAAUUCGUUGGACAACUACCACCAUGGUUAGGAAUGAAGUUUUCAGAUUUGAUAAUCCUCAGCCUUAGCUCAAACAGAUUCUAUGGUGAAUUGCCUCCAGAAAUUUGUUACCUCAAACAUAUUCAGAUCUUAGACCUUGCAAACAAUAGUUUCUUUGGAAUUAUACCAAGGUGUAUUAGCAAUUUAACAGCAAUGGUCACCGGAAAUAAGUUGGGGGAAGCUGAUAUUGAGUAUUAUGCUGAUAGAUUUGGAGAACUUUUGACAGAAAGCGCAAUGGUGACAACUAAAGGCAAUAGUUACCAGUAUGAUAAAAUAUUAGCAUUGGUUACAAGUAUGGAUAUGUCUAACAAUAAUCUUUCUGGAGAUAUUCCCAUAAGUUUUACCAGUCUUGUAGGAUUGAGAAUCUGUAAUUUCUCAAAAAACCAACUGACAGGUAGGAUCCCAAAUGGCAUUGGCGACAUGAAAGUGCUUGAAUCCCUUGAUCUUUCAGAAAAUCAACUUUCCGAUCAAAUCCCGCAAAGCUUAUCGAGUUUGUCAACUUUGAGCUUCCUGAAUCUAUCUUAUAACAAUUUGUCAGGAAAAAUACCAGUGGGCACUCAACUUCAAAGCUUUAAUUCCUCGAGUUUCCAGGGAAAUGAGCUUUGCGGGCUUCCACUCUUGACGAACUGCAACUCAGGUGGUCAAAAUCCUAAUGUUGAUACUGAAAAUGAUGAGAGUAAUGAAGAUGAACCGGAUUGGUUCUACAUUGCAAUGUCAAUAGGAUUUGGUCUUAGCUUUUGGGGAGUAUGUUCUUGUUUGCUUUUCAAGAGAUCAUGGAGACAUGCCUAUUAUCGGUUUUCAGAUAGUUGUUGGGAAUCCUUGUGUGUAAAGUUACAAAUAUGGGGAUGGAUAUGAUUGAGGAGAUUGUUAUUCUCAAAAGUCUUAUUCUAUGAUUACUUUUCCUUCAAUAAAUAAAUAAAAGAUUGUUUGCAGUUGAUA